AGUUGGUGUUUGAUAGCGGCAGUGAUUAGAUCGAAGCGGAGUAACAAAAAUCGCGAAAACGACAAACGCAGUGCUUUAUCAACUUUGGAUUAUGGAGAUUAAAUUGUGAUCUGAUAAUUUCUAACAAUCAGUGUGAUCUGUGAGACAUCUUCAAGUGCAUAAUGUCGUCUUAUAGUGGGUUCGAUGAUACAACCUCUUUCGACGACUUUGACGAGUACACUUCGGAGGACAGUGGAUUCGAGAAGAGUUUGGAGUCUAACGGUGACUUAUCAUUUAGCUUCGCCCCACGGAAGUUGGAUUUUGAGUUGGCGGCUCCGAUCAUAACUCCACAAUUGCCAUGCCAAGAGCAACCAGUUCCAAAGAAGCGCGGACGAAAAUCACUCAAGGAAAAGAGUCUGGAAUUACUAUCGGCUGAAUUCAAUCCGGAUCUAGGCCUCCAAACCUCAACACCAACCAAACCAGCUGCCGCCAAUGGAGAAUCUAGGCCGAAACGGAAGUACGCUAUGGGAAAGAGUCGCAUCACAAGAAACCGCAGUCCAACCCAGGUAAUGAGGAUUAAACGCUGCCGUCGGAUAAAAGCGAACGAUCGAGAGCGAAAUCGCAUGCACACUUUGAACGAAGCUCUCGAGCGAUUACGGCUUACGCUACCAACGUUUCCGGAAGAUACCAAGCUGACAAAAAUCGAAACGUUAAGAUUCGCGUACAAUUAUAUCUUUUCGCUAGUUCAUGUACUCGAACUCGAGGAAGAUGUACCUCUCGAUCUUGAGAAAUUACAAAGUCUUACAUUGAGCGGGGAACGAAUAAACAAAGAGAUCUUCGACGCCAUGUUUAUCAAUCCACCGCCGCAUUUCAUGGAUGGUGGGUUCGGUUGCAACGACUUCUACAACAGCAUGCACCAGUAUGGAAUAACUAUGGCUCAACCGCCGAACUACGAGCACCCAAGUUUCUCCAAACAAAACUAUCAGAUGUUCAGAGGUGCCUUCGAUGCGGCUUACGCUAGCGCUAGCAACAAACCUCAACCUUUCAACAACACACAUCCUCCAGCUCCAUAUCAGAUAAGUCCUCAGCAAAACUGUGCACCAGAUUUGUACAGCACCAACUGCUAUUAUGGCAACCCACAAAGUACAUCUACCCCAAUGGGAUUGAACUGCUCAGCAUAUCCGACGGCACCUCAGUCGGAUUGCAGCAUAAAUCCAUCCGCAAUGCAGUCAUCUCAACAGCCGGCCUUGCACUACAACAGUAGCUUCUACAGCCAAACACCCCCCUGGUCCGAGACAUCCGGAUACAGUGAAGCCGUCAGCUUCCAAAGCGACACUUUCAGAAAGAGUUAUGAGCCAAACCCAUUUCAGUUAUAGUUUAAGCUGUUGAGAUAUUCUGUGACUCUGUUGAAAGGUUUUAUCCAAAGUUAACAAAUUGUGCAUAACACGCAAUAUCAGGUGAUAAAUUUUAAUAUAGUUGAGCUAGUGAAAUUAAUAUAAGUAUUAUACAGAACAAGUGAAAUGUUGAUUCGAAUUUAACACGUUUUACAUUCUGAGUUCUAAUGAUGAGGAGUGGAAGACGUUUUCUAAUUCGUGAUAAAUGUAUUCAGCCAGAUUAAUCACCGUAAAUUUCUGGCAAAACGAAUUUGCGCUGGUCAAACUGGCCAAAAUUGAUAAUUUUUCAGUUGGUUUGCGACUCACUACAAACCACUAGAAAAUUUUCUAACGUGCCAUACUAAAUAAACUUUCAAAAGUCUGAAUGAAAUUACUAGUCAUGCUAGAUAAAUUCUACCCCUGUAAACAGAAAUAAUCAUUUCAAAGUUGACGCUUCGAACCGAUGUCUCCAUUUUGGAAUGGUCAUUUCUUCAAGAUAAUAAUUAAAUAAGAUGGUAGUUGUCUUUUUGUAUUGUGUUCUAAACAAAAUAAUGCGAUGCCUUGUAAAAUAUAUCAUAAUAUAAAAAUGUAAACUAUCUAUGCAAAAGAAAACACAUAUUUGCUCAGAGAUCUCUAUUUUGUAUCACUUUUCAGAGUA